AUGGUCCAUCCUGGAAAGCCAAGUAGAGGCUGUGAUGUCUGUCGCAAGCGUCGUAUCAAGUGUGAUGAAGCCAUACCCAGUUGCUCAUAUUGCUUGAAGAAGCAAGUUGUAUGUCCUGGCUACAAGUCUCAAUUUGACAUUGCGUGGAGAGACCAAAACCUCGUGGCAGAGAAGAGCGUACGACGCCGAAAAGCUGCCACCGAGAAGGCCGAUCGUGAACGGACAGCAGGAAAGCAAUUAGCGAAGCUCCCUUCGCCGAGUGUUCCCAGAGUCCCAUCAGCAGACUAUGAGGGCUAUGCUGUCAGCUUUUUUCUCUCAUCAUACGUCCUCCUGCCAAAGGAUCUGGAGGUCCGACGAGGUUUUUUGGAUUGCCUAUACCCAGUCUGGGUACAAGCAGACUCCACGUCACCAUUGAGGCCAGCUGUUGCCGCGGUGGCUUCAUACCUGCUCGAGGCGUGGUCGCAACUGAAACCAGAUCUACCUCUGUCACUCUCCCGGUCACGGUACCUGAAAGGCGUUGCAGCCUUAAGGAAGAGUCUGCAAAGCACCGAAGACGUGGGCGAUGAUGUUCUCAUGGCAUCCCUCAUGUUGGACAUGUACGAGCAGCUACGGUCAUUCUUCAUGCUGAAACCUAACGACAGCCCUCACGCAAGCGGAACUACGGCAUUGGUCGAAUACCGGAGACGACUGCCGUUCGCCAGCGAGACGUCUCAAAGAGUCCUACUCGGAGCUCGCAACCAAAUCGUGGGAAGGGCACUGAGCAACACGGAACCUGUACCAUCAAAUGUUUCCACAUGGGCCGACAUGACCCAGGAUGUCCCCAAGACGGCGGCAUACCGACUUGACGACCUCAACGUCGAGGUAGCAAAUUUUCAGGCCUUGGCCUCGCGACUCAACUCAGACACCACAGUCGAGGAUCUUUCAGCCUUGGACAUUUUGGAGAAGGCUAUCGAGCUUGACCAGCGAUUGUUAGCCUGGACAAGUACUGUUCCCGAUGACUGGGCUCCCAUCCGCGUCUCUGGUCCCGCGUGCAUCCCACAGAGCGUGCGCGACGCGGGACUCUACCAAGACCAUUGCGACAUCUACAAGAGCAUCUUCAUCGCCUACACGUUCAACGCACAACGCUGCUCGCGCAUCAAACUUCAGCUGACGAUCCUCGCCUGCCUCCAGCAUCUCAACAGCGGCAAUUUCGACAUAGCAUCGCUGACAACAUUGGAGAUUAUUCAAGAGCUGGUGGACACCAUGUGUGCCAGUAUACCAUACUAUCUAGGAGAUAGAAUGAUGAUCGCCCGCAUCGAUGACAGGACAUUGCAAUAUCCGCACGUUGCAGGGCUCUCAGUCCCUGACGAUCACCAUGUAGGAGCAGCUGCGUACGGGGGUUGGUUCCUUGUUACACAGCUUUCGGAGCUUCUCUCACCAAAAGUGCCUUUGAGACUCGGGCAGCGGCAAUGGAUUGCAGGCCAGAUGCAGCGGGUUUUGCAGCUUUAUGCCAUACAGCAGACAUAG